CCACUCCCCCCCGCCGUCCAGGUUGGUUGGUGGGUUUGAAUUCGAGCUCAACGAGCGACGGCUUGCCCCUGCCGUUUCUCUGCUCAGCGUGCCAGAGCUAGUUCAUCUCCAGCAUCUCCGGCCGUUACUUGCUCUGAGCCAACAACAGUAUCAAAAGCCCCGACCCCCCCAUCCUCCGGCGACGAUGCCUUCCGGCGACGAUUCCGACCCCCUGCUGGCGCCCGCCGACGGCAUACGCUUCGCGGCGCUGGACUACCGCGACCACCCCGCCGACCGCGGCGCCACCGGCGGCUGGCGGUCGGCGCUCUUCAUCAUAGCGGUGGAGAUCUCGGAGCGGUUCACGUUCUAUGGCGUGUCGUCGAACCUGAUCAACUACCUCACGGGCCCGCUCGGAGAGGGCACCGCGGCGGCGGCGGCGGCCAUCAACACGUGGAACGGGGUGGCGCAGCUGCUGCCGCUGCUGGGCGGGGCCCUCGCGGACAAGUGGCUCGGCCGCUACCGCACCAUCGUCGUCGCAUCGCUUCUCUAUGUCAUCGGUGCAGGCAUGCUGGCCUUCUCGACCUUGCUCUCCUCCGGCAGCGGCCACCAAUGCACCACCGCCGGGGGCCAGACCUGUGCGCCGUCCACCAUUAAGGUGACCUUCUUCUACGUCUCCCUCUACAUCGUGGCCGUGGCGCAGGGCGGCCACAAGCCGUGCGUCCAGGCGUUCGGCGCCGACCAGUUCGAUCAGAGCGACCCCAAGGAGACCGUCUCCAGGAGCUCCUUCUUCAACUGGUGGUACUUCGGCAUGUGCGCCGGCACCGCCGUCACGCUCCUGUUCCUCAACUACGUGCAGGACAACAUCGGAUGGGGCCUCGGUUUCGGCAUUCCGUGCGCCGUCAUGGCAGCUGCGCUCGCCGUAUUCCUUCUCGGUACAAGGAGGUACCGGUACUACGUCACUGCCGGGGAGCGGGGCCUGUUCGCUCGUGCCGGCGAGGCUUUUGUUGAGUGGCGGAGCAGGCGAAAGGCUCUUCAGCAUGGUGAUCGACCUGUAGCAGAGGGGGCGCCGGGAUUCAGCGCUGGUGUCGACGAGGAGGAGCAGGCUGCAGUCAGCCAUGACGCAGGCCUCGUCAAGGAGACCAAGGACAUCCUCCGUCUAUUCCCGAUAUGGGCGACGUGCCUGCUCUACGCGGUGGCGUUCUCGCAGUCGUCGACGUUCUUCACGAAACAGGCGGCGACCCUGGACCGGCGCGUCGGGCGGCACUUGCAGGUACCACCGGCCGCGCUGCAGAGCUUCAUCAGCAUCACCAUCGUGGUCUUCAUCCCCCUCUACGACCGCGUCCUCGUGCCGGUGGCGCGCCGGUACUCCGGCAACCCAUCCGGCAUCACCAUGCUGCAGCGCAUCGGGACGGGGAUGUUCCUCUCGCUCUUGUCCAUGGUGAUCGCGGCGCUCGUCGAGAAGCACCGGCUCCGCGUGGCAGUGGACGCUGGCCUCGUGGACAAGCCAAUGGUCCCCCUGCCGAUGAGCCUAUGGUGGAUGGUGCCGCAGUACGUGCUGUUCGGGGCCGCCGACGUGUACACCAUGGUCGGGCUGCAGGAGUUCUUCUACGAUCAGGUGCCCGACAAGCUGCGCAGCCUCGGGCUGGCACUCUACCUUAGCAUCUUCGGCGUCGGCAGCUUCAUCAGCAGCACGCUCGUGUCGAUCAUCGACAGUGUGACGACGGCCAGGGGCGGGAGCUGGUUCUCCAACAACCUGAACCGUGGCCACGUGGACUACUUCUACUGGCUACUCGCCGCGCUCAGCGCCCUCGAGCUCCUCGCCUAUGUCUUCUUCGCGGUGACAUACAAGUACAAGAACAAAGCAACCGUGCAUGCAACUGUUGUUGGUCAGUCGCUUUAGUUCAAAAAUGAAUUAGCGGCAACAAAUAUUCGAGAAUGGAGUUAGUACAUCAUCCUACGACAUAGUAUAGGUGAUAUGACACACAACUAAAUGUAAAUGGUACCUUUUCUCCGUUAGGGUUUGUGGUCCAUACUUAUCUUUGAUUUUGAUUCCCAUUUGUAUCUGUUGGGACUUGGGAGGGUCAAUGCUAUCAUUCAAUUCUU